AACAGAUGGAGAGAGAGACCUGUAAGAAGCAAUUCUGCUGCUGGAAAUAGAAGGGAUUCUUAAGAACUCAAAGACUUUUCUAAUUCAGCAAUAGGCUACCAGACACCCACAAAGCCAGAAGUACUGUGUAUUCCAUAUAAUAGUAUUAGCUGCUGGGAUGACUGAAGCUUUAUAUUACAUGAUCAGCUAACACAUACCCCGAACUGAGCUCUGCACUUCACUAUGAAUUAAUGUGUGGGAAACUCAAUAUCCAUCAUCAAACCUAAACAGAGAAGUGAUUGCCUGCUGCUGAAGUUGGAUUCUCCUGACCUGUUACUUUUCUGGUUCAUUUGCAAGGACUGGCUACUGUUCCUACUGCUUAACUGGAAACCUUAAUCAUCAAUAGAUCACCAAGAGCAACACAAGAUUUAUCAGAGUGAUGGUGAAUUAAGAUCUUCAUGAAGGAUGAAACCGAUAGACAGAAGUUAUCCGUGUCUACUUGGAUUUCUUGUGACUUUUUGCCUUUCAUUUCUCUCUAAGUGCAGCUUUGCCUGCCCUAAUCCCUGUGCCUGCUAUGUUCCAACAGAGGUACAUUGCACAUUUAGGUAUCUAACUGCCAUCCCUAAGCAGAUCAAUCCAGAUGUGGAACGCAUAAAUUUAGGAUAUAACAGCAUUAUCAAGCUUGAAGAAAUGGAUUUCUCUGGUUUACAGAAACUGGAGCUCCUAAUGUUGCAUAGCAAUGAGAUCCGGGCAAUUCAUGAAAGAGCUUUAAAUGACCUGUCUUCACUGCAGGUUUUGAAAAUGAGCUACAAUAAAGUGAAAUCAUUCCAUAAAAAUACAUUUCAUGGACUUAAGAAUCUGGUGAGGCUACACAUGGAUCACAAUAAACUAGACUUCAUAAAUCCUGAAUCAUUUUAUGGACUCACAUCACUAAAACUGGUCCAUUUGGAAGGAAACCUGCUCACACAACUUCACACAGACACGUUUCUGACUUUGCGAUAUAUACAUAUAUUCAAAACGUCAUCUAUAAAACAAGUAUAUCUUUCUGACAACCAGCUUUCGUCACUACCUGAAGAUAUGUUCUCCUAUAUGACUGAAUUAGAAGGAAUUUAUCUCCAUGGAAAUCCUUGGUCUUGUGAUUGUAAACUAGAGUGGCUAAGAGAUUGGGCACAGCAGUCUAGAGACAUUAUAAAAUGCAAGAAGGAUCGUUCAGGUCAACAAUGUCCUCUUUGCGCUUCUCCAAGAACAAAUAAUGCAAAAACACUUACUGAAAUAUCAUCUGAAGAUCUGGCAUGUAUUAAACCAACCAUAGGUGAAACCUUUAAAUUAAAAAAUACUACUGCAACAGAAGAAGGAGGAUCUAUUGCGGUAUCUCCUAAAGAUUUUGUAGCACCUAUGGGCUCUCUUAUCCUAAACAUGACUGACCAAUAUGGAAAUGAAGCAAAUUUGGCUUGCAGUGUUCAAAGACCAACAAACAUGUCCCAGAUAUCAAUGGAUACAAAAUCAGAUUACUCAGCACUGAGGACUACAUUCUUUUCUUUUCUUGUUUGCAACAUAGAUUAUGAUCAUAUUCAAAAGUUAUGGGGUAUACUAGCAAUGUACAGUGAUUCUCCAAUGAAACUCAAAAGAGACCUUUUGCUAACCCGAACACCAUUUAUUAGUUACAAAUACAAACAAUCUGCAUCAAAUGAUGAAGUCUUUACUGAUAUUGAAGCAGAAAUUAGAACUGAACCAAGCUGGUUGAUGCAGGAUUUGGUUGUAUUACAAUUAGAUAGAACAGCAACAACUCUCAGCACAUUGCACAUAAGGUAUAUGGUUGAUGUCUAUAUUACAUUGCCAAGUGUUCCUGAAAAACUUUUUAAAACUGGUUGGGUCAUGAUAACAAAGAAUAACCAAACAAAAACGGAAUACUCAGCAGUAAUUGGAGGAACCGUAGAAAUGGAUUGUGAAGUUUUAGGUGAACCAACUCCUGCUAUUGAGUGGAUUCUUCCUGAUGGUAGUAAAAUUAGAGCACCAUAUGCAAGUCAAGAGGGGAGAAUAACAAUCACAAAAAAUGGAAAAUUUAUACUCAAGUCUGCUGACAAUUUUGACACUGGCAUUUAUCAUUGCAUUGCUACUAAUUAUAUUGAUGCAGAUGUUCUAUCCUUCAGAAUUACUGUUGUCAGUAGUGAUGUUGAAGAACAAUUUGUCAAUGGAGUUGAGCUUUCAGUAAGUAAUGGAGAUUACAUUAACCUACCAUGUGGGUCUAGUGGUGUUCCUGAUGCAUCUGUAAGCUGGAUUUUGCCAGAUCACUCAGUGCUGUAUGAACCUUCAAGGAACAAAAUUAUUUUAGCUAAUGGGACCUUAAAAAUACAAGGCAUAUCAGAAAGAGACAGUGGCCAUUUUAGAUGUUUAGCAGCUAAUCAGUAUGGACUAGAUAUACUGACACACAGAGUACUAGUUAAAGAAAGACAAAUUAAUGUUAUAAUAAAAGAAACAGAGAAUGAUGAUGGAUCUGGAAAUGAAGAUAAUGAAGAACUCAAUAAACAGUCAGCUAUGGGAAGAGUUACAGUACAAAAGAAAACUCCAGUGCACAUCGAAUCUGGACAUGUUUUAAGUAGAAAAACACACAGGAAUAUAGGCAUUCAUAGAAGAAAGAAAAUAAGCAGACGGCUAAGGGGGCAAAGACGAAAAUUUACUCAGAUUAACAGGAAGAUUGAUCCUGUACGUUGGACAGAAAUCUUGGAAAAAACAAAACAAAACUCAAAAAAACCCAAAGUAGAAACCAAAAUUUUUGAAAGUUCUUUAAAAGAAGAAUAUACUAUUGGAAGGGCAUCAGGUGAUCUGGAGGAAUCCUCUGGUGAAGAACUUCUUCCAGUAAAAGAAAAGUUCUUCAUAUUAACAACCAGACAUUCAGCCAUUACCAAAUUAAAUGUAGUUCCUACAACUAAAACAGUUACAGACUCUAAAACAUUACAGACACAACCAACAAAAAAACCGUCAUCAGUGAGUACACCUAGAGCCGAAACAGAAACCAUGGAGAAUCUGAUGGCAAAUACCGUUAGUGCUCCAUCUGAACCAACAACCCAUAGUUUGUUAAAUAAUACAUCCAUGGAACUCAUUUCAAAACCCCAACCUACUUCUAGUGGCUUGUAUGCAACACCAAAGGAUCUUACAACUACAUCUUUAUUAGGAAAUGCAGCAAUUUUUCACCAUGGAAAGCCCCAAGAUCCUAAGAAAGAAUUAACAACCACAUUUAAUUCUCUAACGGUUACACCACAAACAGUAAUUACCAGUCCAUCAUCUACCAGUAGUAACAUAUAUACCACAUCCCCAUCACCAGCAACUCCAGCAACACCUAGUUAUUUUCAAGCUAAAUCUCAGCAAAGUAUCACAGAAUACAUUGUGCCAGAGUAUUUGCAUUUUUCUACACAAGGUAUAAAUUCUAAUCCAAGCACUACUUCUAAUUAUUUUAAUUUUCCCUCACGAAAUGUUUUGAAGAAAACCCCAGUAUCUAAUAUUUCUAGUAGUUCAGUUCCAACUAUUAUAAUUAACCUAACAACACCUUCUAACAAAUUUUCUUUGACACCAAAAGAUAAGUUAACCUAUCAGCCCACUACAUCAAGUUACUUACAAGAAACAUCUCAGAAUGUAAUAAACAAACCACAGAGAACAGCACAUGAAAAAGUUCCUUCUAGACCCAAAGCUAUCUUACCCUAUCAGCCCACAACUUCAAGUUACUUACAAGGAACCUCUCAAAAUGUUAUAAGCAAGCCACAGUCAGCUCCAUAUCUGAAACUACCUUUUACAACCAAAGUUCCUUAUCAAACUACACCUAGCUCACUAUAUGAAACAUCUCAAUAUAUUUUAAGCAAACCUCAAACAACACCAUCUAAUAAAUUGUCUUCUUCACCCAAGGUUUUGGUAACCACUACAUCUAGCUAUUUAAAGGAAACUCCUAUUCCAUUAAAUAAACCAUUUGUCAGUACAACACCAGCAAAACCAAAAGACAAAAUCCAAUCUACACCACAUUCACAGAUCUCUAAUGGAGAACAGGAUCUUAUCACUGAAGUUUCUCAAAAGGAAUUAAAUAUUGUUUCUGCUUUGAUAACUAAUACAGAAAGUCAUAGUUUUGGUCAUUCCUCAACCAGUAUGCAGGCAAAGACAGACAUACCUGAAACAACAUCUAAACCUUCCAAGGAAAAUGUACCAUAUUCAAAGAGCAAAACGAUAACGCAAACAAAAAUUCCAACUAAAAAGGUCCCUAAUUUCACAGAGACAAAAAAUGGCGCUUCUUCAACCAAGUCAAGUACUAAACUUUUUCUUUCAGAAACAGAAAUUGGUCCCAUCUACUUUCACACUACACAAAAAAUUAUCUCACCACAACUGCCAGCAGGCUCCCAAAUCAUUACACACCAACAGAUUCAGAUAGUAAAAGACGUCACACCAUUUAUGCCAACAGUAAAACGUUACGGACGGAGAAGAAUUCCUGGCAGAAGAAGAAUUGUAAGACCAGACCGCAUUCCAAAUAUCAAGUCUCACUACUUUUCACUUAUGAAGUCAAAUUUAAGAAACUAUACUCAAGAAGCAACAACAACCUAUUCUACAAGUUUAGAACCAAGUAAACAGAAACAAAUGUUACAUUCUACAUCUAAUCCAAGAAUGUCUUCUAUUCCACAUACCACUGAGCAUGCUUUGACCACAACUGCAUCUGAUCAAUAUGUUCAUAAGACCUCUACUCAACAAUAUCAAACAAAAAAAGUUAAUACAACCAUCACAAAUAAUCGUGAAAUAUUUGCUCAGUUUGAUAAUCAAAUUACACUUGACAAAGAAAGCAUGUCAACCUUACCUACUCAGAAAGUUUACACCACAACAAAAACAUACAUGACAACAAAUGUUCCAGCAACAAUGCUGCCUGAGGCAAAUGGAGAAUACUUUCACUCUACACCAGCUCAAUCCACCACAAAACCUAGAACUAGUUCCAAAAUAUUAAGGAGAAAAAUUCCUUGGCACAAGCUGUUUGGAAACAACUCAAACAUUCAAAAAGAGAUAUUAAAGAAAUUAAGAAAAAAUACUGAGCUAGCAUCAGCACGUACAACAGUAAGGCCACCUUUAAUUGUUACUUCACCCGUUUUAAAAGCAUUUACAUCUACAGAAGCAACUCCCUUGUCUACUAGCAAUUUAAAAUACAGUACAUCAAGAACAGUGACAAGCAGCCCUAUAACGCAGACUGAGACAACUCUAAUACCAGACAUGAAUGUGACAGACGUCUUUCAUUUAACCAAAUCUAAUACUGCUACCACAUCAGGAUUUCAAAUUAUUACACCUACUUCAAAAACUAAACAUUUUACAUCUCCAACAUCAUCUUUAACUACAGACAAGGCAGCCAAGCGAAAAUUCUUAAGAAAGAGACCAAGGAAGAAAACUAUUUCUAACAAACCCAUAAAUUUGGACAUGUGGAAAUUAGCAAGAUCCAGAAUGUCUAAUGGCACUAAAUUAAGGUAUUCAGAAUUAAAGGAUAACACAGGCAGUAGUAGGGGCAGUUAUCAAGAAGAAAUAACCAAAUCUCAGGGAGUUACUCAACUUCCACAACUUUUAAUGAAUACUAGUAAUUAUCCACAUACUGCAUUUUACUCUAGCAAAGCAAAUGAUAUUCUGCUACCCACAAUAAAAAAUAUUUGGAAUAAAACUUCAAAUCCCCUGAAAGCAUUCAUAGAUGAAAAGUCUAAAAUCAAAGAUACCAAAAACUGGUUUCCUGAAUUACUGGAAAAAAAGUAUUUUACUAGUUAUAAUCAGGCAGUGACUACUAAUAGCCAAUUUAAAGAUACUUUUAUGACCACUCAACAAGAGACAAAGAACACUGUAUCCUAUGACCAGAAGAUUUUAACAAGCACUUUGGUUCCUACCUUAAAAACCUACGAGUUGACUGCCAAAGCAGUCCAGAAAUCCACCCAAGGGCCAUCUCUAUACGCAGUGGAAAAAAGGACCCAGGGUCAGGAAAAAAGGCCUAAUCAGGAAUCAUCAGAAACAACUGUAAGUAUUAGAACAAAUUUAACUGAAAAGGUAAAACAUUCUGAAAACAAUGCUCCUUCAUUGGCUCCACAACAGCAUGGCAAGAAAACUGGAUUAGAAAAGCCAGUGACUAUGACAACAACUACAGUUAGUACAAGUUUUUCUACACAAAACAGUAGAUCAAAGCCAAGAAUAAUUGGAGGAAAAGCAGCAAGUUUCACUGUACUGGCUAAUUCGGAUGCUUUUAUCCCAUGUGAAGCCAGUGGGAAUCCAUCACCAACAAUUCUUUGGACUAAAGUGUCAUCAGGUACUUUUGUAUCGAAAACAAGAAGAGUAAACAAAAUGGAGGUUUUUAUGAAUGGAACCCUCAGCAUCCCAAGUGUUGGCAUACAGGAUGGUGGACAGUAUCUUUGUGUGGCCAAUAAUCAACUUGGCUCAGAUCGUCUGCUUGUCACACUUUCGGUGAUAACUUACCCUCCAAGGAUCUUGCAGGGGAGAUCAAGAGAGAUUACAGUACACUCAGGAAAUUCUGUCAAUGUAAAUUGUCAGGCUGAAGGUAGCCCUUUUCCCACAAUUACAUGGACUUUGAAAAAUGAGACCAUUCCCUUUGGAACUUCUACUAGCAAUCGUAAGAUAUUUGUACAACCGGACGGCACUCUCAUAAUUAAAGAUGUUACAGUAUAUGAUCGGGGGAUAUAUAGGUGCUUAGCAACCAACCUAGCAGGAGAGGAUACCUUUACAGUAAGGAUUCAAGUGAUUGCUGCUCCUCCAGUUAUUGUGGAAGAAAAACGACAGACUGUUUUAGCUGGUCCUGGGGAGAAUCUAAAGAUUCCUUGCACAGCUAAAGGAAAUCCUCAACCUACAGUUCACUGGGUAGCUUUUGAUGGUACAAAAAUUAAACCAUUGCAAUAUGUAAAUGCAAAACUGUUCCUUUUUUCUAAUGGGACACUAUACAUAAGAAAUGUGGCCUCAACAGACCGUGGAAAUUAUGAAUGUAUUGCAACCAGUUCAACUGGGUCUGAAAGAAGAGUGGUUAAUCUCAUAGUUGAGCAAAGUGAUACUUUCCCUAAAAUAACUGAUGCAUCUCCUAAAGCUACUGAGAUGAACUUUGGAGACAAACUCAUGCUGAACUGCACUGCAACGGGGGAACCAAAGCCAAGGAUAAUAUGGCGAUUGCCUUCAAAAGCAGUAGUGGAUCAGUUGCACAGAAUGGGAAGCCGAAUUCAGGUGUUUCCAAAUGGAACAUUAUUUGUAGAUUCUGUGAACGAUAAAGAUGCAGGAGACUAUCUAUGUGUGGCAAGGAAUAAAAUGGGGGAUGAUGUUAUAUUGAUGAAAGUCAGCGUGACAAUGAAACCAGCAAAAAUUAUUCAAAAACAACCGCUUGCAAAGCAAGUGCCGUAUGGAAAAGAUUUCAAAGUGGACUGCAAGGCUUCAGGAUCUCCACUUCCUGACAUAUCUUGGAGCUUGCCAGAUGGUACCAUGAUAAAUAAUAUUCUCCAAGCUGAUGAUAGUGGAAGGAGAAAACGGAGAUACAUUCUCUUUGACAAUGGAACUUUGUACCUAAACAAAGUAGGCAUAGCUGAAGAAGGUGAUUAUACUUGCUAUGCUGAAAAUCAAUUAGGAAGAGAUGAAAUGAAGGUUCACAUAACUGUGGUUACAGCUGCUCCACUCAUUAAAUUAAACAUGAAGACGAGAUAUGCAGCAAUGGCUGGAGAAAGUGUGAUCUUGGAUUGUGAGGCAAAUGGAGAACCAAAACCAAAAAUAUUUUGGUUGCUUCCCUCGAGUGAUAUGAUAGCAAUAUCUCAUGACAGAUAUUUAUUGCAUGAAAAUGGAUCUCUGACAGUGAGCCAAGUCAAAUUAUUAGAUGCAGGGGAAUACAUGUGUGUAGCGCGCAACCCUGCAGGUGAUGACACAAAGCUUCUCAGAUUGGAGGUGCAUCCAAAACCCCCAAUUAUCAAUGGUUUAUAUUCAAACAAAAGUAUAAUUAAGGACACUGCAAUUAAACACUCUAGAAAAUUAAUCGACUGUAAAGCUGAAGGGGCUGCCCCACUUCAGGUGAUGUGGAUUAUGCCAGAUAACAUUUAUCUAACCGCACCAUACCAUGGGAGUAGGAUAUUGGUUCACCAAAAUGGAACUUUAGAAAUUCGGAACAUAAGGCCUUCGGAUACUGCCGAAUUUACUUGUGUUGCUCGUAAUGAUGGAGGUGAAAGCAUGCUUGUUGUUCAGCUGGAAGUAUUAGAAAUGCUUAGACGGCCAAUGUUUAAAAAUCCAUUUAAUGAGAAAUUUAUUGCUAAGUCAAGCAAAAUGGCGAUAUUAAAUUGCUUUGCUGAGGGAAAUCCUACUCCAGAGAUAAUUUGGCUUCUGCCAAAUGGCACACGGUUUUUAAACGGGCCGUCAAUUUCUAAAUACCAUGCAGGAAGCAAUGGAACUUUUAUUAUUUACAGCCCCACCAAAGACGAUGCAGGAAAAUAUCGUUGUGCGGCUAGAAAUAAAGUGGGAUAUAUUGAGAAGCUUAUUAUUUUGGAGGUUGGUCAAAAGCCUAAUAUCCUUACACAUCCCAGAGGGCCCAUUAAGAGCAUCAUUGGAGAAGCAUUGUCUUUACACUGUCUUUCUGAUGGAAUGCCUAGACCAAGUGUUACCUGGAUACUGCCAAGUGGAUAUGCUAUUGAGAGACCACAAGUCCAAGGGAGAUACAAAUUACUUGAGAAUGGAACUUUGGUCAUUCAAGAAACAGCACUGCAUGACCGUGGAAACUACCAGUGUAAGGCCAAAAAUUAUGCAGGUGAGACAGCUAUUACUGUUACAGUUGUGGUUGUAGCAUAUCCUCCAAGGAUUACAAACAAGCCUCCACAGACUAUCCAUACAAGGGCAGGGUCUGCUGUACGUCUCAACUGCAUGGCCAUUGGCAUACCCAAGCCAGACAUAUUCUGGGAAUUGCCAGACCUCUCUGUAUUGUCAACAGCAAGUCAAGGAAGCCUUACUGGAACAGAACUUCUUCAUCCUCAAGGCACAUUGGUUAUUCAGAACCCUCAGUCUUCUGAUUCUGGAAUAUAUAAAUGCAUAGCGAAAAAUUCCCUUGGAACUGAUAUGAGUAAAACAUACUUAAAUGUGAUCUCACAGCGUAAUUAAGGAUAAUGGAACUAAAAGUAAACAGCAAGAACUAAAUGAAUAGUGACACCUAUGCAAUAUUGGGCAUAAUGCUUCUGCAAGAUAUAAACCUCAAGGCAUACCUAUUUGUUAAGAUCUAGUAUUUCUACCAGCAUUAUUUCAGAGAUUUUAUUUAAAGCACUUUCUUCAGUCCUCUCAUUCAAGUGAAAACUGUGAAAAUAAAGCCACAUUAUAUAAAGUAUAUAUUUUAUUUAGAAA